GCCGCGGCGCCCGGCAGCGCCUCUCCUGCGUGCGCUCCCUCCGCUUGGUACGGCCCACCCCGCCGGGGAUCAUGGCGAUUGAUGGUGGAGAACGAACUUGUGGUGUACAUGAACUGAUCUGCAUCAGAAAAGUAUCUCCAGAAGCAAUUGGAUUCCUGUCUGCAGUUGGGGUGUUCAUUAUUCUCAUGCUGCUACUUUUCCUAUAUAUUAAUAAGAAGAUGUGUAUUGAAAAUGUUAGUGGUUUCCCAGAUCUCGAUUCAGGAUACACUACCAGAAAGAAUUCACAAGAUAAACUUUACAAUUCUUAUAUGAGUAAAGACCAGCAUGGUUCAUCAUCUGAGAGUGAAGAUGAAGCACUGGGUAAAUAUCAUGAGGCCUUGUCUAGAACCCAGAGUUCCAGGCUGCCAGUGGUGGAUGGCAGACAGCAAAAAAACUAUAUAUGGGAAACCAGACAAAAAUAUAGUCCCCUGUCUGCAGAAUAUGAUGGAUACAGUAGUGAAGCCUCAAUAGAUGAAGCGAACUGCAUUCAGAGGAUGAGAAGAACACCUCCACUGGAUGAACUGCAGCCGCCUCCAUACCAGGAUGACAGUGGCUCUCCUCAUCUUUCCUGUACGCCUUCCGAAGUUGGAGACAGCAAAUGUGAAUAUUCCCAGUGUAGCAACAGCCCAAGAUGUUCAUAUAAGUGCCCAAGUGAGGGAAGCACGGGUCACGAGAUAGAAAGCUUUCAUAACAAAGGAUACGAAGAGGAUGUUCCAAGUGAUAGCACAGCGGUUCUCAGUCCAGAGGAUAUGUCAGCUCGAGGAUCAUCUUCACAGCUUCCUAAACCUUUUGAUCCUGAGCCAGUAGCUAAAUAUGGCACACUGGAUGUGACUUUUGACUAUGACUCACAGGAACAGAAGCUUUUGGUGACAGUGACAGCUGUCACAGACAUUCCAACAUACAGCAGGGCAGGUGGAAGCUCGUGGCAAGUACACCUAGUUCUUCUCCCUAUAAAGAAGCAGAGAGCAAAAACCAGCAUCCAGCGGGGACCGUGCCCUGUCUUCACAGAGACAUUCAAAUUUAAUCACGUCGAGUCUGAAAUGAUUGGGAAUUAUGCAGUUCGCUUUCGACUGUACAGCGUACGGCGCAUGAAAAAGGAGAGGAUUGUGGGAGAAAAGAUUUUUUACUUGACAAAAUUGAAUCUUCAAGGGAAGAUGUCAGUGCCAGUGAUACUGGAACCUUCUUACAGUCUGCCUGGUUGUGACUCUCAAAUGAGCAUGUCAGAAGUGUCCUGCAGUGAAAGUACCUCCUCUUGUCAGUCACUGGUACAUGGCUCAGCUCCAGAAAUCCUCAUUGGCCUCCUUUAUAAUGCUACAACUGGAAGAUUAUCAGCAGAAGUGAUAAAAGGCAGCCACUUCAAAAACUUGGCAGCAAACAGACCACCCAACGGACUGUUCUGUUGUCUAAAACACUUGAUAGGUGGACAGGUUUAUAUAAUCCGAGAUACGUAUGUUAAGUUAACACUGCUGAACUCCAUGGGGCAGGAGAUGUCCAAAUGCAAAACUUCAAUCCGCCGAGGGCAGCCGAACCCCGUGUACAAGGAAACCUUCGUUUUCCAGGUGGCGCUGUUCCAGCUCUCGGACGUGACGCUCAUACUGUCCGUGUACAAUAAGCGCAGCAUGAAGCGGAAAGAGAUGAUAGGCUGGAUUUCCUUAGGUCUCAACAGCUCAGGAGAAGACGAACUUAACCACUGGACUGAAAUGAAGGAGUCUAAAGGACAGCAAGUGUGUAGAUGGCAUACUUUACUGGAAUCGUAAUGGAUGGUAGAAAGUGCAGCCGUGGUUCUAAGGGAGCUUGUUCUCCCGGGAAGAUGAUCAUCCCUGGUCGCAUCAGCAGAUUCGUUGUGGGAGUAAAAAAUGGAAAUUGCGGUCAACAUUCCAUUGUAAAGGAUGCACAAAAUGGUGGGAUUUAAUAUAGAGUCUUCACUUGGUGUCAUGAACUUCCUUGGUGUCAGAGGAUCCUUGCUAUACACAGAUACGAUAGCGGUCCCUUCCCCAUCCACCUGAUGGUGUAUUUGUUUUGGUUUGUUUUGUGGUUUUCAAUUCAGAAAUAUUUUGUGUGAGGUUCUCCAAAUUAAUGUAAGCUCCUCCUUGU